AUGUCGCAGUCAUAUGGGUUAGAAUGUGGGGUAAGACAGGGAGGAAUGUCCUCCCCAAUUCUCUUUAACCUUUACAUCAACGACCUGAUUGUCGCGCUCAGUGGAACCCGUAUCGGCUGUCAUAUAGAUGGAGUGAGUAUCAACAAUAUAAGCUAUGCUGACGACAUGGUGCUGCUGAGUGCGUCAAUUUGUGGUAUUAAAAAACUUGUCGCUAUCUGUGAGGAAUAUGCGGAACGUCAUGAACUGAAAUACAAUGCGAGUAAAAGUGAACUCAUGGUCUUUGAGGUCAAAGGUAAGACUGAGGUUAACUUUCCAGAAGUUAAAUUAAAUGGAACGGUGCUGCGAAGGAAGGUAUUUGCUUCUAUAACAGAAUUAUUUACAAAUGGAAAUAUUGUAGAACUAUUCAACUUUUUCAACUAA